AUGGCGGACGUGACCAAUGCGGCCUCCUACAUUGUCCGCGUCAUCCUGCAGAUCCGCUCUGCGGCCAGCGCCUGCCCUGAGCCAAAGGCCUGCGCGAUCAACAUCAUGAACAUCAUCAGCUCCUUCGCGUGGAUCUCCCAAUUCACGGCCUUGGCCGUCUCCGACUGCUGGACGAAAGGAAGCCAAAAGGCGCUCUGCGCUGCGGACAUCUCGGACAUGGUGGCUGCUGUGACCAACGGCCCGGCAGCAGGUAUCGCCACGACCUCUGAUUGUGCUGAUAUGCCCGACCCCGUGGAGGAGGAGAAGCAUCUUCCCAUGGACUAG